AUGUGCUUCUGUGUCACUUCCUCUUGCUCUAAUGACUCUAAUGCAGGAAUGGACGUAGCCGUGGCGCUGAAGUCACUGCAGGUUGACCGGAAAGUCGGCCCUGUGAGCAAGGAGCUCUUCACCCCGGGGGCUGCAGCUGGAAAGCGGCGCCUCGAGGAGUUUGUACGAAAGCGCCUCUCCAUCUUUGGGAAGCAGCGCAACGACCCCACGAAGCAGGCGCUGUCCGGGCUAUCGCCAUGGAUCAAGUUUGGGCAGAUUUCGGCGCAGCGCUGCGCCCUGGUUGUAAAGAAGGCUGCCAAAGGUGCGGCCAAGUCAGCUGCGGCUGAUUUUCUGGAAGAGUCUAUCGUGCGGAGAGAGCUCUCCGACAACUUCUGCUGGUACAACCAGAACUAUGACUCGCUCAAGGGUGCCUCGGCGUGGGCUGCGGUGCCGGCUGUGUUUCAAUGUCUUCAGAUCAGCUGUGUCAAAGCUACAGUUUAG